AAAAGCAGAACCCCUUUUCUUUUCUUAGUUUCCUUUCCUUUCCUUUCCUUUGUGGGUUACCAAAUACAAACACUGUUCUUUCUCUCUCUCUCACAUUCAUCAUUCAUUAUUCAUUAUUCAUUAUUCAUAGUCUCCGCCGUAGUGGAAAUGAAGUGUCACAAUCAGCCUCACAGAGUCACAUAAUCUCGCUAAAUCCAUCAUCUUAACUUUCAACUCUUAAGAUAGACGAUAAAACUCCCCCCCCUUUUAACCAAAACCACCUACAUUCUACCCACAAUUUGAUCAUACUUCACAACUCUGAAAAACCCCAGAAAUUUGGUUCUGUUUUCAUGAAUUUCUGCCCAUUUAAACAACAAGAUUUGUUGCCUUUGAAGCUUCAUUCCUAUUUUUGCGGGGUUUGCUAACUGGUCUGAUUUGCUCUUCUGCAGCUCUAAUAUUGCUUAAGUUUUCAAACAUUUCCGGUGAUCUCUGAAAAGGUCCACAUUUGAAUUCACUUUGAAGCCGGAUAAAGACUAAAGGAACUUAAGCCCAUUGUGGUUUAUUCAUGAGGCUAAACUAAAAACUCAACCAGUUUUGCUCAUUGUAUUCAAAGGCUUGUAAGAUCAAAGAGGAGAGGAAAUUACUUGAGUUGACUGGAAGUUAAGGGUGUUCUGAAUUCAGUCUGUGGAAGUACUGUCCUUAUAAAUUGCUGUGAUUUAGUGAACUAAAUGCAUGGAGAGGGAACCUAUGCCAAUGUCAGGACCUGGUAGCUUUUAUAUGCAGAGAGGAUUAGCCGAGUUACAUGGUGUUCAUUCAUUGCCUAAUUCCGGGAUGACUUUCCAAUCAAAUGUCGGGGGCAGCUCUUCAGGAACGGGUAUGAGGGUUGAACCCACUUCGAGUUUUCUAUCUGAUAGCAUUAGCCGUGGUGUAGGUGCAUCACCCUCAAUGCAGGCGUCUGCUACACCAAUGCGAAGGAAAAGAGGUAGGCCUAGGAAAUACGGACUUGAUGGGAAAAUGUCAUCCAACUUCUCCUCUGUAUCAGCAACCCUUCAGGUUAUGAACACCUCAGCUGAGAAGCGGGGUAGAGGUCGACCUCCUGGUAGUGGAAGAAAGCAACCAUUGACUCCCUUUGGUAAAUUUGUGACUGGUUCAGCAGGUGUGGGAUUUACUCCUCAUGUCAUCACAGUUGCAACAGGGGAAGAUAUUGCAUCAAAACUCUUGGGAUUUGCGCAACAAGGGCCUAGAGCUGUAUGCAUAUUGUCAGCAAAUGGUGCAGUCUCCACAGUGACCCUACGCCAGCCUUCAACUUCCGGUGGCACCAUCACAUAUGAGGGGCGCUUUGACAUAUUAUGCAUGUCAGGAUCUUUCUUGGUUAUUGGUAAUGAUGGUUCUCAUGAUCGAAGUGGCGGUCUGAGCAUUUCACUUGCAAGUCCUGAUGGUCGUGUUGUUGGUGGAGCCGUUGGUGGAAUGCUUAUUGCAGCCUGCCCUGUUCAGGUGAUAGUUGGGAGCUUCAUAUGGAUUACUCCGAAAGUCAAAGAAGGAAACGAAGGCGGUGGAGAUUCCGAGCAUUAUUCAGUUGACAAUACGAUGAUGGCUCCUCCAAGUGGUGGGCAGAGCCAGAAUUUAUCGCCUCCAACCUCUACGCUGGGUGGAUGGUCGUCUAGUCCACAGACGCUAGACUUGAGAAACUCUCAUAUAGACAUUGAUCUGAUGCGUGGAUGAAGGGAUAGUAAUUACCUCUGUAAAUAUCUUCUCUCAUUUAAAGCUACACUAAUUAAAUGUCUAAUCUAACUUUGUAUUGUACAUUAGCAGCUCAUUUUAGGCUUCAUACUCCUCUAUUAAUUUUGACAUGGAAAUCAUAUAUAUAUGUUUGUCAUACUCACCACAAA